GGAAAGGAGUGAUGAUGGAUUUGUGCAUUUAAAUCCUCAUGUUGGUGAGAUUAUUGGCAAUUUGACGGAAAUGCUGAAUGAUCCUGACGUUGGAUGGUCAUCAUUGAUGGAAUUGCCACGUGAUAUGCAGAGAGUUGGUGACGACUGGACAGAGAUAGUGGAGGAUUUAAAUUUUUAUGGUAUUUCUUUUAUUCCUCUGUCUGAAAUCGUCACAAAUAACACAGAAUUUAAAACUUUUCUACGGAACGAUUUGAAUCUGACUGAAAGAGUUUUGAAUUCAUUUUCGUCAUCGUCAGUUAAUAUGAGUCACUUGAUGAAGUCCUCCGUUGACAACACAGUGAGAUUCUAUCAAUGUUUAAUUGAUCCGUUUGCUCUAACAGCAAAUCAGUGUGAGUUCGAGAAAAGUAUUGUGUCCAAUCCUUCUCCAUAUGGACUGAUGGUAGCUACAUUACUCCAAGCUAUACAACAGCAAGACAUCAAUCUAAUACAAAAGGAUAUACAGGAGCUGCUGAUAACGUCGGCUAUCCUACGCAGCUUCUCUUGUGAUGACAGAGGGCUGAUGCAUUUGUUCAAGUUUCAUUCACGGCAAGACGAGAAUAACGUUGAGUCUGCUCUGUGUGGUCUGAGUAAAGUGCAGAGGGAAAGUUUGGCAAGAGAACUUGCCGGUCAACUAACUGCUUCAAAGGCAAUGCAGGAUAUGGAUUUAUCAGAUUCUCUUCCAUUGUAUCAGCAUAUAAGUACAGACACACAAACGCUAGCCAAUGAUUAUAAAUUUGUGUCUAAGCUGCAAUUCUAUGUGAGAUCUUUGUAUGAAGCAGAUCCUGAUUUAUGGGAAUUGCAGUCAGUACGAUAUGCGUAUCGUGGACCUGUGAGAGGCGAUCCGGUUGAUAUCGUAGAGCAGUUAGGGCCGAACAGCUUCACUGCAAAGUAUACUAACAAAAUACAACAGAACAUCAAGUGUCGUCUUCUCUGUGGGAAUUUCACAUCAUACUGCAAGACAACAAGUCUUGGUGCAUCAAGACCACUUAGAUAUGCAUCAGGAUAUGAAGCAAAAGGCGCUAGGAAAGAAAAGUCAGUUGCUUCUCGCUUACAAGAUGGUGUGAAGAUAUUGUAUGCUCCUCAGACACAUGUUGUCAAUGAAGUCAUUCGCUGGGCUAACAGAACAAUGGAGCAGAUUGCUUCUCUUGGUCUGUUUGCAUUGGAAUUUGCUAACUACACAACUUCUCUUGAGUCUCUGAUGGAAAACCUGACGUUCACGUCGAAUUUUACAACUUCAGUUUUACAACAGAUUUGUAACUUGACAUCAGUGGUGAACAAUCAGACAGAGAGUGUUCACACUGCUUCAAAGCUUAUACGGCGAUCUGAUGUCACACGUUGGAUGGAUACUUUGCAUUACAAAAUGCAGAAAUCGAAUAAGACAAAUGAGUCGUAUGACUCGGAUUUUGUGUUGAAUGAGUAUUGUAAUCAUUGGGAACAAAUCUAUUCCUCAUUGUCUAAUGGAAAUCUUCAGAGUUUUGUUUCCAUGCUCAAUUCGCUGGCAAAGGGAUUAGCCGAUCAACUAAAUGAUCUGAAACUUGAUGUGUGGAUGGGGUUUCCUGAUGAGCAGAGCCUUGAUGAGUAUGCAGCUCACUCAGUAAUCAACGAGUCAACAAUCUGGGCAGGUGUCGUUUUUACCAACCUGUCAAGUAACUGGAGCCUUCCUCCUCACGUUCAGUACAAAAUAAAGAUGAACAAAUCAUUGGUGUUUGAUCCUGGCCAACUACGAGACAGAGAUUGGAGACCUGGACCACGAGACUCUGAUUUCAAUCUUUUGUAUGAGGUGUUUGGUUUUGUGUACAUACAAGACUUGAUUGACAGAGCAAUCGUGAACUUUGUCACAAACAAGACAGUCAACGAGCCAGGAGGAUAUCUGCAGCAGUUUCCAUAUCCUUGUUAUAACUUUGACAGAUUUGCUGCUACUCUGUAUCAGUACAGUCUGCUGUCAGUUGUUUUGGUGUUUUCUUGGGUCUUCUCUGUAGCCAUGAUAAUCAGAAAUGUUGUACAUGAGAAAGAGCAGCGAUUAAAGGAGAUGAUGAAGAUCAUGGGAAUCAGUGGAGCCUCUCUGUGGAUUUCGUGGUUUAUCACGAGUUUUCUGUCUGUUGCUGUCUCUUCCCUUGUACUUACAGUUAUUCUGAAGGUUGGCCGAGUGUUUAUUCACAGCGAUUUCUUAGUUAUUUUUCUGUUUUUUCUCAAUUAUGGAGUAGCAAUGGUAAUGAUGUGUUUUGUUUUCUCUACUUUGUUCAACCGCUCAAACCUUGCAGCUGUGGCUGGUGGCAUUCUCUAUUUGGUGACGUACAUUCCAUUUAGUGUUUACCGGAAUUAUGAGUACGAGUUUGGUUUUUCUCAAAAAGGAGUUUUGUGCUUGCUUUCAACGACUGCAUUUGCGUCUGGUUGUAACUACAUUGCCAGAUGGGAAGAGAUGGGAGAUGGUAUGCAAUGGUAUAACAUUGGGGAAAGCACAGUUCCUGGCGAUACUUUCAGUUUUCUCUCUGUCAAUUUAUUCAUUGCCAUCGAUGCUCUUCUCUAUGCUAUCUUGGUGUGGUAUAUAGACAGUGUGUUUCCUGGGCAGUAUGGCAUUCCUCGUUCUUGGUAUUUUCCUUUGCAGUCAUUGUUUUGGUGUAGAAAUUGGAGAUGCACGAAGGAACAAGAAUACUCCAGAUUGUCUGUUGAAACUCCAGACGAGACUGACUGUGCAGAAGACAUCACCAUUGGAGUAUCAAUUCGUAAUCUGGUGAAAAUAUAUGGAGGAGGAAAAGUGGCUGUAGACGAUUUGACUUUGGAUCUGUUUGAAGGACAGAUCACUUGUUUAUUGGGACGUAAUGGUGCAGGGAAAACGACAACAAUGUCUGUGUUGACCGGGUUGCUUCCUCCCACAUCUGGUGUUGUACACGUUUUGGGAAGAGAUGUAAUGUCCGAAAUUGUCAACAUUAGAAAGGUGCUUGGUUUCUGUCCGCAACACAAUAUCCUGUUCAACAAGUUGACAGUUGAGGAGCAUUUAAGGUUUUUCCUUACUAUGAAAUGUCCUUUUGAGAAAAGUUCUGAACUGAAUGAAAAUAUAAACAGAUGGCUAAAUGAUUUAUCUCUAACAUCUAAAAGGAAGAGUUUGAUCUCUUCCUUGUCCGGUGGUAUGAAGAGGAAGUUGUCAGUAGCUAUUGCGUUUGUGGGUAGUUCAAGACUUGUAGUUCUUGAUGAACCCACUGCUGGUGUUGAUCCUUAUGCUAGAAGAGAAAUCUGGGAUCUUUUGGCAAAAUACAAAGAUGGUAGAACAAUUGUUCUCUCUACUCACUACAUGGAUGAGGCUGACAUUCUAGGUGAUCGAGUUGCAGUAAUCUCACAUGGAAAGCUAUGUUUUGUUGGUACACCCAUAGCACUUAAAAGUCGUUUAUGUCCUGGUUAUCAGUUGACUUUAGUAAAACAACAGAAAGUGUGUUGUACUGCUUUGCUUUGUUCAUCUGUCGAUGCAAAGAUUGAUGGAUUAGACGAGUCCGAUCAUUCACAGUUGUUUUCUGCUUUGGUUGAAGAUGCUCAAACAGUAGAUGGUGAGAUCCUGAAAAGAUCAUCUCAUGCCAGUUGUGCUACACAUGCCACUAACUCAAUGAGAAAUGUGGUGGAACAAGAAACAGUAUUAUCUCAUUGUCAUGUGUUACAGAGACCAGCAACUUUUCGAAGUUUCAAUAUGGAGGAUGUGAGAAAGUUUGUUCACUUGUAUGUGAACGAUGCUUGGCUACAUGAAGACUCUGCAGCUGAGACAACUUUUACUAUUCCAGCUACAGCAGCUAGAGACAGCCGAUUCUCAUCACUACUUAGAGAACUGGAUUUGUGCAAAGAAAAGCUUGGCAUUGCCAGCUAUGGUGUUUCUGAUUCAUCGUUUGAUCAGGCAUUUCUUGCUGUGACUGCAGAGACAGAAAAGGAGGAGGAAUUGUCAGAGGACGGAGAAGAUGUCAAGCAAUUGUGUAGCACAAACAUUUUGUUGAAUUUUCUGAAUAUUGGAUGCUGGUGCAGGCGACAGACAACUGCAUCUGGCACUGAUGUUUCACUAACAGAUGUUACACAUAGUACUGACAAUCAUGGUGACGAUGAAGCUGAGAGCAAUACCCUUCUGUUGUCACACAGUCAACAAGAGUCUCAAGAAGGUAUAUUUGUUGAGUCGACACAGUUUGCUGAAGGACUCUCUCUGCAUUGGCAAUGUUUCAAGGCACUCAUGACCAAACGCUUUUUGUACACAAAAAGAGAUGGGAAGGGAUUCAUUUGUCAAGUUAUCCUUCCAGUUCUCUUUAUUUUUGUUGCUUUACUUGUUGAGCACUUUAAGCCAGAACCAGUUAACAGUCAAAUUGAGCUCUCUCCUACUGUCUAUCCUGCAGACAGAUAUUUCCCAUUUCUUAACUUUCAGAAAAACAAAUCAGUGCCCACUCAAUUAACUCGAGCAGUUGAACAACUAUGUGGGAUAUCUGCCCAUUUUCUUGUUGAACGUCUUGACAGAACUCCAUGCAUGCAGUAUAUGAGCAAGUUAUCUGCAGCUGGAAUCCGUAAUGGUGACUGGUGGACUCAUCCUUCUCACAACAAUUGGUUACCAUCUAAUGUCUCUUGCAGUUGUACUCGAGGCAGACAGGUUUGUCCUGUUGAUGUGGCUUCUUCUUCACCUCCAAGCCUUCAAACUAUUGACAAAAUAACAAUCCAAGAGUUGAACAACAAAGUCAAUGUGACUGACUACUUGAUAAAGACGGUAGAUGCAUAUGAGCUGCAUCGAUAUGGUGGACUGACUGUUGGUAAUGAGAACUCACAGUAUGGAAAUGUGAAAGCUAAUGGAGAUCACAAGCAAUGGAUUGAGAUGCUGGGGGUUAGGACAGCAGCCAAAGCAUGGUUUAAUAAUCGAGGCUAUCAUGCAGGACCUAUUUAUAUCAAUGUGUUGAAUAAUGCUAUCUUGAGAGCAAAUUUAAAUGAAUCAGAAAAUAUCAGUCAGUAUGGCAUUACAACUUAUUCUGAUCCGUUCAGCUGGACUGCAUCUCAGUUGGUGAUUGAGAAAAUACGGUCUGGUUAUGACUUUGUGUUUGCCGUUUUUGCUAUGAUUGCUGUGUCAUUUAUUCCGCCUACGUUCAUCAUGUUUCUCAUUCAAGAGCAAGCCAGUGGUGCUAAACACCAACAGAUGAUGUCUGGACUGCACCCACUGAUCUACUGGACUGCCAAUCUGGUGUGGGACUUGCUGAGUUACUUGGUGAUGGUUCUUUGCCUUUCUGCAGUGUUUUUAGCCUUUCAGCCACCGACUUUUACAUCAUUGCAGAGCUUUCCGGCUGUGGUUGUGUUGUUUACUAGUUUUGGGUGGGCUAUGAUCCCAAUGUUGUACUUGACAUCGUUCAUCUUCCAAGACAGCAGUUUGGCAUAUGUGAGUAUGUUGGCUCUCAGUCUUCUCAUUGGUCUUCUCACAACCGUCACGUCAGCCAUUCUACAAUUCCUACAACAAUACGACGAUAGUUAUGAUGAUUUGAGCAGUCUUGCUCAUCAACUCUUUCUUAUCUUUCCAACGUACGGCCUUGGUCAAGGUCUGGUUGAUAUUGCAUAUGACUACUACACAUCAAAAAUCAAUACAGAUUUUGGUGACUUGGGCAUUAGCGUUGAGAGUGUUGGACCUUUCUCUCUGCAGCAACACGCUAUUGGCAUGAGUCUUAUUGUGAUGGUGACUGAAGGUAUAGGAUGUGUUGCUCUGGUUGUGUUAGUGGAAUACAAGUUCUUCAUAUCAAAGUGGCUUUUUAUUAUCAAACAAUCUAGUAAGAAGAUGGACAAGGUUGAUACUGUACCAGAAGGCGAAGAUGAAGAUGUAGCAGCGGAACGAAGAACAGUAAUCAAUGGAAGCAACUGUGAUGUGGCACUACGACUUGUUAAUCUAACUAAAAUCUAUGGUUUGUCAUUUCGAGCUGUUGACAAUGUCUGCCUUUCUGUGUCUAAGCAUGAGUGCUUUGGUUUGCUUGGCAUGAAUGGUGCUGGUAAAACUACUUUAUUUCGGAUGUUGACAGGAGAUCUAGCUGUGACACACGGCGAUGCAAUGCUACUUGGUAAAAGUAUUGUGAGGAACAUUCACAAUGUUCGUCACAGUAUUGGUUACUGCCCGCAGUUUGAUGCUAUCAAUGAUAAGUUGACUGGAAAGGAGCAUCUUAUACUGCAAGCACAACUGAAAGGAAUGAGCACAGACGAAAUGAAAGAGAACGUGCAAUGGUGUCUUGAGAUAUUAGCACUGAGUGAGUAUGGUGAUGUGAUGGCAGGAAAGUACAGUGGUGGCAACAGAAGGAAGUUAUCCACUGCUAUUGCUCUUGUUGGAAAACCUCAGAUAGUCAUUCUGGAUGAACCUACAACAGGCAUGGAUCCUAGUGCUAGACGUUUCGUAUGGAAAGUCAUUCGUAACCUUACACGAGAAGGCCACUCUGUCAUACUGUCUUCACACAGCAUGGAAGAGUGUGAAGCUGUAUGCACACGAAUAGGAAUCAUGGUGAAUGGACGCUUUGUAUGUCUUGGCAGCCCACAGCAUCUGAAAACAAGAUAUGGGAAAGGGUAUACUAUCACGUUGAGACUGAACAGGCACGAGGAUAGUCUUGAAGUCAUUACAGAGUUCUUCAGACAAACAUUUCCAUCUGCAAUACUGAAGGAACGGCAUUACAACAUGUUACAGUUUCAACUGCUUGCAGAUGAUGUGUGCUUGUCUCAUAUCUUCACAGAGUUGGAAAAUCGAAGAGAAGACUUUCAUAUUGAUGACUUUUCUGUUUCCCAGACAACUCUUGACAAUAUCUUCCUUGGGUUUGCAAAACAGCAGAGAGAUGGCAUUGAAGAUUGCAAUGAAAGAGCAGCUUUGUGGGCAACCUCAAGAGUUCUAUAUCGUGCAGAUGAACAACAUGUUUAUGUUCAACAUCCUUUAGACAUGUCAGAGAAUUAAUGUCAGUUGAUAUAAUUUGUAUCAACGGUAUGAAUACAUAGAGUAGCAUGCAUUUCUCAGGUUCUCAUAAUAUAUAUUUAUUAAUUGAUUACCAGG